UUCACAAAGAAAUAUAAUAAAUAUGAAUAGAUAGUUUACAAAAGAGAAGUCUAGAAGCAAUGAGGGGAGGAAUGAGAAGAGUGUUAUAUUAUCAAAUUAUAUCACCAAGAAGGACUUGGAGCAGGUUAGUGGAAUAUUAUAACCAUAAUUAAGAACUUUAAAUUUCGAUGAACUAACUAAUGGAACGCUCGAUGAUCAUAUGAGUUGCCAAACAUUUUUGCAUUGCUUGCCGAAUCAAGAUAAUUUGGAUUCCUUGAGUGAUGAUCAUAUGUGUCCAUACAAGAGAAAAUAUAUAAUUGACCAAUUGAAGAAUGUCAUCAAUUAAGGAUAGGGAAUUAAUCUGUCAUUGCUGAGAGCAUUGUAAAAACGAACUGAUUCCUGUGAGAAGAAAAGUGAUAUCAAUGCCUUAACUGAUGACGAAAAUAUCUCGAAUAGAGGAUUGGAAUAAAUUAAGACAGUCAUGGAUAAGUAUUAGGAAAGAUAAUAAAAAAUUCAAAGAUAUAAAAAUAAAAGAAGAAAUUGGGAACGAAAAAUAUCUUACUCAGGAAGGUCAUAAGUUGCUGAACAACGAUUGAGAAUUAAAGGCAGAUUCAUAAGUAAAGAGGAUUAAUAAUCAAUUAAAAAAUUGAUAAAUAACAAGUAAUCAGAAGAUUUUUAUGAUAAAAAACACAAUCUUAAUAUCGAGAAAUUUCAUUUGCAUACUAAACUAUUUACAUAUGCAGAGGACCCUAAAAUGAUUCCCAAAAAAUAAAUCUUAAUGGACAUCAGGGAUGAGUAUCAAUUUCAGCAAUAACAACUAAAGAUACUAAAAUCAAUCAAGACAAAAACUAAAAUUUUUUAGAUUGUUUAGAAGUAAAAAUCUUGAAACAAUUAUAUUAUAUAACAAGAUAUUAAUUAUUAUGUUAAUAAAUUGAUAUAAAUGGAAUUA